UUAAAGUCUCGCGAUAGGCGCUCGUUUGUGCAGCCGCCAUAUUCUGUGACAAGUAUUUUGAUUCGUAUCUGUUGGAAGUAAGAAAAUAGAAAUUAAGGGGGAGUAGAGGGGGUAAAGAAGAAGAGCUGUCAAAAGAAUUCCCGUGUCUCUGAAACAUCGGGGGCUGUAGUAACCCCCCACUCGGGUCAAAACAGAGAAGGCCUGGGUACCGUAGAAACUCCGUCUACGAAGUCCACCUCGCCGCUUUUCUUUCAGCACCACGGCCCUGUGGGAGAUUCGGUGGUUGAGUUUCGGGUGUUGAAGGUGGCCCGGGGAGCGGCGGCGGAGACGAAGAUGCUCAAGCUGUGGCUGAGGUGCUGCCACCACUGAGGCAUCGUCAGUGUGCUGAACGGAGCAAGCAGAGCAGUCUUGACCUGGCAAUACACGAAUGGCCCAGGGAAGCCACCAGAUAGACAUUCAGGUUUUGCACGACCUGCGCCAGAAGUUCCCUGAAGUUCCAGAGGGUGUUGUUUCCCAGUGUGUUCUGCAUAAUAACAACAAUUUGGACGCCUGUUGUGAGUACCUGUCUCAAGUAAGCCCAGGCUACUUGUACAGCAAAGGAGGCAAACUCAACUACACUGACGACCCCAGCUUCAUCAGGUUCCGGAAUCCCAUGACCCAGCUGAACCUGGGCCUGCAGUCUCAGUCUCAGAAUGUGCAUGCGACCCCGGGAAGGGACGGCCUGAGGAUGAACGGCAGCAGGACACUGUCCCACAGUCUUAGCCUGAGUGACGGGCCCCUACAGACAGGACAGUCCCCGAAUAGUGACUUCUUCCAGCAGGAGCCCCAGUCAGCCCCAGUGCAAGUGCCCGCCAGCCUCAAUGUGUUUGGCGUGAUGGAGCCCACGCGCAAGACCCAGCCGCCCCAGCACCUGGGACUCUACCAGCUGGGGGGGAAAGGACAAUCCAUGGGCCAACAUGGCCAGCAGAUGCCCCGCUUCAACCCCAUCACCGUCACCCUGGCCCCCAACAUCCAGACGGGUCGCAACACCCCCACCUCUUUGCACAUACACGGCGGGCCCCAUACACAGUCCGGCUUGAGCAGUCCACAGGGUAACUCUAUCUACAUAAGGCCUUACGUGACCCAGCCCAGCGGUACAACCCGGCAAAGCCAGCAGCAGCUUCAGCAGCAGGCAGGAAGGGCCCAGUACAGCCCCACCUCCCAACCCCAGCAGCAGAUCUACCAGAUCUCCCAUCCCACCUCACUGCCUGGCUCCUGGACAGGCCCUUCCUCCCAGCAGCACCAGCACGGCUCCUCACAUACCUCACAGCACCAGUCACAGGGCCACCAGACCUCCCAUGUCUACAUGCCCAUCAGCUCCCCCACCAACCCACAGGCCCCCUCCUCUAUCCUCCAGGCCCCCUCUGGAGGUCAGGGUUCCUCUUCUGGUGCCUCCUCCUCUGGCAUGCCCUUAGGCAUGUCCUCCUUCAGCCAGUACAACAUCCAGAACAUCUCCACCGGACCGCGCAAGAACCAGAUAGAGAUCAAACUUGAAUCUCCUCAGAGGAGCAACUCCACCACGACCACGGCCGUGCUGCGCACCAGCAGUGGCCCUCGCUCCAACUCCUCCACCUCCUCCUCCUGCCCCUCAUCCUCCUCCUCUGUCGGGGCAGCACCCGGCCCAACCACCACCCCCCUGUCCAUCGGAGGCCCAGGUCUGAGCCGCAGCCAGCCCACUGUUUACAUCUCUGCCAGCCCGCCCACUGUUGCUGCUACCACCCCCUCUGAAGAGGCCAACAUGGCCUCAUCCGGCUCUCGCUCCCAGCCCAAGUUUUACAUUACUGCUAAUAACGAUGACGGUGGGGGCAGAAACCCUCCAACCGUCUACAUCUCUGCUCAACCACCUCCGCACGGGUCCCAGGGGCCCCGCAAUAUGGGGGGCCAGGUGAGCAUGGGCCCCGCCUACAUCCACCACCACCCACCCAAGUCCCGCGCGUCUAUGGGAGGGGCAGGCACAGCCACCUCGCCCCGAGUGGUGGUCACCCAGCCCAACACCAAGUACACUUUCAAAAUCACCGUGUCCCCCAACAAGCCCCCAGCGGUGUCCCCCGGCGUCGUGUCCCCCACCUUUGAGGCUACCAACCUCCUCAGCCUCCCCUCGGACCACCAUUUUGUGGAGCCUGACCCACAUCAUCUCUCAGACCCACUGUCUGUACACAGGGAGAGGCCCAGCGAGCCACGCAGACUCAGCAUGGGCUCAGAUGACGCAGCAUACACACAAGCCCUGUUGGUUCACCAGAAGGCCCGCAUGGACCGGCUGUGGCAUGAGCUGGAGCUGAAGAAGAAGAAGCUGGAAAAGCUAAAAGAGGAAGUCAACGAGAUGGAGAACGAUCUGACCAGGAGACGGCUAGAACGAUCCAACUCCCAGUCCCAAAUCCCCUCGAUUGAGGAAAUGCAGCAGUUGCGAUGCAACAACAGGAUACUGCAGAUUGACAUUGACUGCUUAACUAAAGAAAUCGAUCUCCUUCAAACAAAAGGACCACACUUUAAUCCCAGUGCCAUUCAUAACUUCUAUGACAACAUUGGAUUCCUAGGUCCUGUCCCACCCAAACCCAAAGGUACUUUAUCUGUUGAGCCAGAGGGCCUGGGGAAAGACAGGAGAACAUUUAAUGUCACCUCCACCCUAACCAUGGAACCCUCCUCUGCCCUUCCUCCCCCUGCUGCUCUCCCUCUGGAGUCGAGCAGUAAGAGCGUUAAGACUGUAGCAGACCAGGAGGAAGACGAGGGGACGCAGUGGAGCUGCACGGCCUGCACCUUCCUCAACCACCCCGCCCUCAACCGCUGUGAACAGUGCGAGUUCCCACGGCACUUCUGAGCCACAAAGACGCCAACAAUACCAACAACCCGCAUCACCUUUCAAUGCGAAUCAAAGAAACUACAUUAGAAAAGACUGUUUUUUCCCUUCUUUUUCUAGUGGUAAGAAAAUGAAUGGACAGGGGUUUGUAGUUUUUUUCCAUUUUGGGACUGUUUCUUUCCCCCUCCUCCAAGGUUUGUAGUUUUUUUCCAUUUUGGGACUGUUUCUUUCCCCCCCUCCUCCAAGGUUUGUAGUUUUUUUCCAUUUUGGGACUGUUUCUUUCCCCCCCCUCCUCCAAGGUUUGUAGUUUUUUUUCCAUUUUGGGACUGUUUCUUUCCCCCCCUCCUCCAAGGUUUGUAUUUUUUUUCCAUUUUGGGACUGUUUCUUUCCCCCCCUCCUCCAAGGUUUGUAUUUUUUUUCCAUUUUGGGACUGUUUCUUUCCCCCCUCCUCCAAGGUUUGUAUUUUUUUUUCCAUUUUGGGACUGUUUCUUUCCCCCCCCCCUCCUCCAAGGUUUGUAGUUUUUUUCCAUUUUGGGACUGUUUCUUUCCCCCUCCUCCAAGGUUUGUAGUUUUUUUCCAUUUUGGGACUGUUUCUUUCCCCCUCCUCCAAGGUUUGUAGUUUUUUUCCAUUUUGGGACUGUUUCUUUCCCCCUCCUCCAAGGUUUGUAGUUUUUUUCCAUUUUGGGACUGUUUCUUUCCCCCCUCCUCCAAGGUUUGUAGUUUUUUUCCAUUUUGGGACUGUUUCUUUCCCCCUCCUCCAAGGUUUGUAGAAUGCUAUCCACUGAAGGCUUGACUGGAUAGUGUUUACAGGUUGUGUUACUUUACUAAGCCAGCAGAGUUGGAUGAUACCUCACCUUGGAGUCUCUGCAUGCGUGGGGUCACCCCCCUCCCUCCUCCUGCUCAACGCUCGGCAGGCGACUUUACCCCUGGGGGUGCCUCGCCUUUUCCAUAUACAGUAUUAACAAGUUGUCCUGCAGUGUGUUGGCACACACAAACACGUAAGCCAAUAUGGGUGCCAACGUGCAUUUGCUGAUUUUUUUCUUCUGUGAUGGCCUAAUCAGGAAUGGGAACUUUGGUCAGCCGUCACCUCACACCUGAAGGGAAAACUAACAGACUACUUGUUGACAAUUUGUUUGGUUUCUGUUUCUAGAGGAUGACAGGGGGAAACUUACUGCCACCAAAACUUUUCUCUCGUCUUCUGUAAUGUCCCUUAUCAAUCUGCGUCUCUUCAAUCUAGAGUAAAAAGAACGGAAACUCAAUUGCAUGUUUUAUGUGUACAGUACAUGGAGGGAGGAAAUACCCUUAUGCUUUUUACUGUACAUCAUUUUUGAAUGUGCCUUAAAUGCCUUCUUCCUCACUAUGAAUCACUUGUAUUUCCUGUAAGUAUAGCUUUAUAGACUUUAUUUACUUUGUUUUGUCUUGUUUUGUUUCCAUUUUCUUUCAAACCAAUAAGUACGGUGUCCCUUUUAAGCUUUUUACUUGAUUUCUGUGAGAAUUGAAGCAUUGUGGAAAAAAGAGGCGCAGUUGAAUGAAAACUAUGCAGUCAUGAAGCUUCUUCCGCUCAGUCUGUUGUUCAUCGCUUGUGUAUAUGCUGAAUUUCCUGUGUACGAUCUGCAGAUGCAGCAAAGUCAAAAGAAAGAUGGAGGAGUUUUUUUUAGGAUGCAAGAGCUCUUGGACAGGUGAAAAAAGCUCAUAAGCAGAAUGACAAACUGCCAUCUUAUCUGACAACUGGAAUGUAGGUUUAAUAUUUGGGGACUUUUACACCUCAGUGCCAAGAGAUGCAUGAAUUUUUACAGUUCACCUAAAACUUGCAUCAGAAUAGAAGCUUUCGAGUCGGAUGAAAGAAAGACAGACUUUGGUAAUUGUAUUAAGGUGUUAAGGUCCUUGUACAGCUUGGUGGAAGGCGACUGUUUCCUGAGGGCUUUCAGAAUCAAAAUAUUUUGCUAUGCAGUAUAAAUUGGGUAAGUGUUCCAAAUGAAUAUGUUUUAAAGUAUUCCUCUUUCAAAUCAGCAGAUAUUUAUAUAGGUAUGUGCUUCACCGUAUCUACCCCUGGCCAGAAGUUUAGAAUAUCUCUAAUAAAAGACAAUAAAGACAGUGCCAUUGUUAUAUUUCCAAUAAAGUGAGACAAAAUAGUGUCUGUCCUCAUUGUAUAAUCAUGUUUUUAUUUGGUUUAAUUUGUCCUGUGAAGCUUUUUUUUUAUGAGGAUAGUUUAAAAGUUGACCAUUGUAAUGAUUUGACCUUAAUUGUGGAAUGGGUUAUUAUUGUUUGUUUUUCACGUUGUGAAAUGCUGCCACACGCCUUAGAAUGGCAUUUGUAUUGACAAUCUAUGCAGUCACAAAUUAAGAUGUCUUUUCUUUUUUUUUUUUUACCAAAGCUUAGUAUUGUCAAAAACUGAUUCGGUAGAAGCCAAAUUCUUAGUUGUCUCUUAAGCACUUAUAACAUUUUUUUCUGUAAAAACCCCAAAGAAACAAAUUGUUCAGCUUUAUCUGCAGCUCGGUGUGAAGUCGGUUAAUAAAUGUUUUAUUCAUAAAAAAAACUAAUUUGGAUAACUAAAGUGUUUUUUUGAUUUAAGCUGGGAAAACUGUCUUUGUAACAGAUAAGUUAUUUGUAAAAAUAAAAAAAAUCUAUUCUGAAA